CUCACGGAAUGCCACCUAUAGUAUUCUUCCAUGCAUUUCAUAUUCCCAUAAAGUUUAGUUCUCCCCUGCUUGGCAUCCUCGUCUCGCUCUGACACAUUGUGGCGGUGGCCGGUGCUGUGACCCCUAAAAGACUAGCCGCUGUCAAUUGGCAGGGCAGUGUAUAAGAGUCUCAUUGACCGCAGCAUCCGUUACUUGACAUACUCUACUCACCUAGGUCUGUCAUUCGCCCGACAUGGACAUGGGCUGCUGGGACGAGCUCUGCUUACUCUGCGGAGUCUGUUGCGGUCCUGCGUACCUCCAAGUUCUGUCCAGAAGGCACGUCGCGGAGGAAGCGGAGGCGAUAGCAUACGAGAUCUCCUCCGGGAACGUCGAGCUCGUAGAGAUCAUCAAGGAAGCCCUUCUGUCGUCUGACGACGGCACACGACGACUCGGCACACGGCCCUGGCAGCCCAAAGGCCUGGCACGCAACGGGUACGCCGAUGACUUCAUUGCAGUAGGGUGUUUCGAUGACGACAACACCGGCUUCGCGCCUAUCCGCGACGGCAAGGCUCCUCGCGGAGAACACGUUGAGGUCAGGAAGGUCGACAGCAUCCGCAGCGGACGCUUCACCGAUAUCAUCGUGACCCGCGAUGGGAAACGAGUCACCAAGUCAUGGAUACAUCUCUCCAACUGCUCUGCUAGAUUUCCUGAGAGCAUCUCGAACAUCUGGCUCCACUCGCGGUGCUACAGAUAUCUGGAGAAUUGGCUCGACUGGGAGAAUCUGCUGCCACCAUCAGACGCCUCUUUUUCGGGGAGACCGCCGCUCUCCUUCGCUUCAGAGCUGUAUGAGAUAAUCAACUCGCGGAAAUUUCAACGUAGUGAGUAGUCCAUGCCCCGUGCAGUUGC